GAGAGGGUGGGUGCCGCGUGCGCCUGGGGACCCGCUCGGGAUGGGGACGCGCUGGGCGACCCUCCGUCGCGCGGCGGAGCUCCUGGUGCUCCUCCUCAGGUGCUUCCGGCCGGCCGAGCCCUCUGGCCGCACAGGCAAUGAUCCAUUCACCAUCAUCAGUGAAAACACGGGCAAGUGCAUCAAGCCACUAAAUGACUGGAUAGUAGCGAUGGACUGUGAUGGAAGUGGGGACAUGUUGUGGAAGUGGGUGUCCCAGCAUCGGCUCUUUCAUUUGCAAUCCCAGAAGUGCCUUGGGCUAGGUAUUACCAAACCCACAAUUUCCUUGAGAAUGUUCAGCUGUAACUCCAAUGCCUCACUGUGGUGGAAAUGUGAGCACCACUCUCUGUAUGGAGCUGCCCAGUACCGACUGGCUCUGAAGAAUGGACAUGCUAUAGCAAGUACAAAUUCAUCUGAUGUCUGGAAGAAAGGAGGCACAGAGGAAAACCUCUGUGACCAGCCUUACCGUGAGGUAUAUACCAGAGAUGGGAACUCCUACGGAAGACCUUGUGAAUUUCCAUUCUUAGUUAAUGGGACCUGGCAUCAUGAGUGCAUUCUUGACGAAACUUACGGUGGGCCAUGGUGUGCAACCACCUUAAAUUAUGAAUAUGAUAAAAUGUGGGGCAUCUGCUUAAAACCAGAAAAUGGCUGUGAAGAUAAUUGGGAAAAGAAUGAGCAGAUUGGAAGUUGCUACCAAUUUAAUACUCAAGCCACUCUUUCUUGGAAGGAAGCUUACAUUUCAUGUCAGAAUCAAGGAGCUGACUUACUGAGCAUCAGCAAUGCUGCUGAAUUAACUUAUCUUAAAGAAAAAGAAGGCAUUCCAAGGAUUUUCUGGAUUGGCCUAAAUCAGCUGUACUCUACUAGAGGCUGGGAAUGGUCAGACCAGAAGCCAUUAAACUUUCUCAACUGGGACCCAGAUAUGCCGAGUGCACCAAUGAUCAUAGGUGGAUCAAGCUGUGCAAGAAUGGAUGCCAUGUCUGGUUUAUGGCAGAGUUUUUCCUGUGAAGUUCAAUUGCCCUAUGUCUGCAAGAAACCCUUAAAUAACACGGUGGAGUUAACAGAUGUUUGGACAUAUUCAGAUACACACUGUGAUGCAGGCUGGCUGUCAAAUAAUGGGUUUUGCUAUCUGCUGGUAAAUGAAAGUGAUUCCUGGGAUAAGGCACAAACAAAAUGCAAAGCCUUAAACAGCGAUCUCAUCAGCAUUCAUUCUUUAGCAGAUGUGGAGGUGGUUGUCACAAAACUCCAUAAUGGGGAUGCCAAAGAAGAAAUAUGGAUAGGUCUUAAGAACAAAAAUGUACCAACUUUAUUUCAGUGGUCUGAUGGUACAGAAGUUACUCUAACAUAUUGGAAUAAGAAUGAGCCAAAUGUUCCCUACAAUAAGACUCCCAACUGCGUUUCCUAUUUAGGAAAGCUAGGUCAAUGGAAAGUCCAGUCAUGUGAAGAGAAACUUAAAUAUGUAUGUAAGAAAAAGGGAGAAAAAAUGAACGAUACAACAUCUGAUAAGAUGUGUCCUCCAGAUGAGGGUUGGAAAAGACAUGGAGAAACCUGUUACAAGAUUUACAAAGAUGAGGUCCCUUUUGGAACCAACUGCAAUCUGACUAUAACUAGCAGAUUUGAGCAAGAAUACCUGAAUGAUAUGAUUAAAAAGUAUACUAAAUCUCCAGGAAAAUACUUCUGGACUGGCCUGAGAGAUAUGGAUUCACAUGGAGAGUAUAGUUGGACAGGUGUUGGUGGAGUAAAGCAAGCUGUAACUUUUUCCAACUGGAAUUUUUUUGAGCCAGCUUCCCGAGGUGGGUGUGUGGCUAUGGCUACUGGAAAUUCUCUUGGAAAGUGGGAGGUGAAAGACUGCAGGAAGUUCAGAGCACUUUCAAUUUGCAAGAAAAUAAGUGGGCCCGUUGAGCCUGAAGAAGUAGUCCCCAAGCCUGAAGACCCUUGUCCUGAAGGCUGGUAUAGUUUCCCCUCAGGUCUUUCUUGUUAUAAGCUGUUUAAUAUAGAAAGAAUCGUAAGAAAAAGGAACUGGGAGGAAGCUGAGAGGUUCUGCCGAGCUCUUGGAGGACACCUUCCCAGCUUCACUCAGAUGGAGGAAAUAAAGGGAUUUCUUCACUUCCUCAUGGACCAGUUCAGUGACGAGCGUUGGCUGUGGAUAGGUUUGAAUAAAAGGAGCCCAGAUUUACAGGGAUCCUGGGAGUGGAGUGAUCAUACACCAGUGUCUACUAUUCUCAUGGAAAAUGAGUUUCAGCAGGAUUAUGAUAUCAGAGACUGUGCUGCUGUCAAGGUCAUUCAGAGGCCAGGGCGAAGAAGCUGGUAUUUCUAUGAUGACAGAGAAUUUAUUUAUUUAAGACCUUUUGCUUGUGAUACAAAACUUGAAUGGGUAUGCCAGAUUCCAAAAGGCCAUACUCUAAAAACACCAGACUGGUAUAAUCCAGAGCGUCCUGGAAUUCAUGGACCUCCAGUUGUAAUUGAAGGGAGUGAAUACUGGUUUGUUGCUGAUCCUCACUUAAACUAUGAAGAAGCGGUCCUGUAUUGUGCUAGCAAUCACAGCUCUCUGGCUACCUUGACAUCUCUUGUAGGACUAAAAGCCAUCAAAAACAAAAUAGCAAAUAUAUCUGGUGAUGAACAGAAGUGGUGGGUGAGAACUACCGAUCAGCCAGUAGAUCGUCGUUUUAUGUACUCACGAUAUCCAUGGCAUCACUUUCCUAUAACAUUUCGGGAGGAAUGCUCGUACAUGUCUGCAAAGACUUGGUUCAAUGACUUAAAUAAGCCAGCAGACUGUGGUACCAAGUUGCCCUUCAUCUGUGAAAAAUAUAAUGUCUCUUCAUUAGAAAAAUAUAGUCCAGAUUCUGCAGCUAAAAUACAGUGCUCUGGGGAUUGGAUUGCUUUUCAGAAUAAGUGUUUUCUAAAAAUCAAACCGAAGUCUCUCACAUUUUCCCAAGCAAGUGAUACUUGUCACACUUAUGGUGGCACCCUUCCUUCAGUGCUGAGCCAGAUAGAACAAGAUUUCAUUACAUCCUUAUUUCCGGAUAUGGAGGCUACUUUAUGGAUUGGUUUGCGCUGGACUGCCUAUGAAAAGAUAAACAAAUGGACAGAUAACAGAGAACUGACAUACAGUAACUUUCACCCGUUAGUAGUUGGUGGGAGGUUGAAAAUACCAACAAAUGUUUUUGAGGAAGAGUCCCGAUACCAAUGUGCUCUAAUGCUCAACCUCCAAACAUCACCUUAUACUGGGACAUGGAAUUUUACUGCCUGCAGUGAAUACCACACUCUGUCUCUCUGUCAGAAAUAUUCAGAAAUUGAAAACAGACAAACCUUGCAGAAUACUUCAGAUACUGUAAAGUAUCUAAAUAAUCUGUACAAAAUCAUCAUGAAGACUCUGACUUGGUUUGAUGCUCUAAGAGAGUGUCAGAAAGAGAACAUGCACCUGGUGAGCAUCACAGACCCUUACCAGCAGGCGUUCCUAACUGUGCAGGCGGUUCUUCAUAACUCUUCUUUAUGGAUUGGACUCUCCAGUCAAGAUGAUGGACUCAACUUUGGUUGGUUAGAUGGCAAACAUCUUCAGUUUAGUCGCUGGGCUAAAAAUAAUGAACCACUUGAAGACUGUGUAAUAUUAGACAUUGAUGGAUUCUGGAAAACAUCUGAUUGUGAUCAUAUGCAACCGGGUGCUAUUUGCUACUAUCCAGGAAAUGAGACUGACAGAGAGAUCAAACCAGUUGGCAGUGUUCAGUGUCCAUCUCCUGUUCUAUCUACUCCAUGGAUACCAUUUCAGAACUCAUGCUACAAUUUUGUGAUAGCAAAGACUAAAUAUACGGCAACAACACCAGAGGAAGUUCAUUCUGAAUGCCAGAAACUGAAUCCAAAAUCACAUGUUCUGAGCAUUCGAGAUGAAAAAGAGAAUGACUUUGUUCUUGAGCAACUUCUGCACUUGAAUAAUAUGGCUUCAUGGAUCACAUUAGGUAUAACUUAUGAAAAUAAUUCUCUUCUGUGGUCUGAUAAGACCAUGCUGUCAUACACAAAUUGGAGAAGAGGAAGACCAGAUAUAAAAAAUGACAAGUUUUUUGCUGGCUUGAGUACUGAUGGUUUCUGGGAUAUUCAAGCCUUCAAUGUUAUUGAAGAAAUAUUUCACUAUAACCAGAACAGCAUUCUUGCUUGUAAAAUUGAAAUGGUUGACUACAAGGAAGAAUAUAAUGCUACUCUGCCACAGUUUAUUCCAUAUGAAGAUGGUAUUUAUAACGUUAUUCAAAAAAAGGUAACAUGGUAUGAAGCAUUAAACAUAUGUUCUCAAAGUGGAGGUUAUUUGGCAAGUGUUCAUGACCAAAAUGGCCAGCUCUUUCUGGAAGACAUCGUAAAACGUGAUGGAUUUCCACUAUGGGUUGGGCUCUCAAGUCACGAUGGAAGUGAAUCAAGUUUUGAAUGGUCUGAUGGCAGUACAUUUGACUACAUCCCAUGGAAAGAUAAACAGUCUGCUGGAAAUUGUGUUGUCCUGGACCCAAAAGGAAUUUGGAGACAUGAAAACUGCAAGUCUGUUAGGGAUGGUGCUAUUUGUUAUAAACCUAUAAAAUCUAAAGAAGUAUCCUCUCGUACAUACUCACCAAGAUGUCCAGCAGUAAAAGGGAAUGAGUCCCAGUGGAUCCAGUACAGGGGGCACUGUUAUGCAUUUGACCAAGCAUUGCACAGUUUCUCAGAAGCCAAACAGUUCUGUUCAAAACUUGAUCAUUCUGCAACCAUUGUUACCAUAGAGGAUGAAGAUGAGAAUAAAUUUGUGAGCAGACUGAUGAGGGAAGAUAAUAAUAUUACCAUGAGAGUUUGGCUUGGAUUAUCUCAACAUUCUGCCGAUCAGUCUUGGAAUUGGCUGGAUGGAUCAAAAGUGACAUUUGUCAAAUGGGCAAAUAAAAGUAAGAGUGAUGGUGGAAAAUGUAGCAUUUUGCUAGCUUCAAAUGAAACUUGGAUAAAAGUUGAAUGUUCCCAUGGCUAUGGAAGAGUUGUCUGCAGAGUUCCUCUGGACUGUCCUUCAUCUACCUGGGUUAGGUUUCAAGACAGUUGUUACAUUUUUCUUAAAGAAGCCGUCAACCUAGAAAGCAUAGAGGACGUCAGAAGUCAAUGUACUGACCAUGGAGCAGACAUGGUAAGCAUACAUAAUGAAGAAGAAAAUACUUUUAUACUGGAUACUUUGAAAAAGCAAUGGAAGGGCCCAGAUGAUAUCCUCCUAGGCAUGUUUUUUGACACAGAUGAUGAAAGUUUCAAGUGGUUUGAUAAGUCCAAUAUGACAUUUGAUAAGUGGACAGACCGAGAAGAUGGUGAGGAUUUGGUGGACACCUGUGCCUUUCUGCACACUAAGACAGGGGAAUGGAAAAAAGGAAACUGUGAAAUUUCUUCUGUGGAAGGAACCCUUUGUAAAGCAGCUAUCCCAUAUGAAAAGAAGUAUCUAUCAGAUAACCACAUUUUAAUAUCCGCUCUGGUGAUUGCUAGCACAGUACUUUUGACAGUUUUGGGAGCAAUCGUUUGGUUCCUGUACAAAAGAAAUUUGGAUUCUGAUUUCACCACAGUUUUUUCAACUGCACCUCAAUCACCUUAUAACGACGACUGUGUUUUGGUGGUUGCAGAAGAAAAUGAGUAUACUGUUCAAUUUGACUAAGAUUUUGGAAAUCUCAGCUUCAGAUGUCAAAUACUUUGACAGUGAUUCCUGUGCAGGAUUUUAAUGUAAAACUUGAUAAUGAAAAUUAUAGUUUUUGUUUUUUUCCUUAUUCCAGUAAAAUUCAUCAUUCUCAUGAGAAUCACUGUAAGAAAAACCUAUCUUUAGAUCAUUAUAAGAACUUAAAAAAAAAAGAAAUGAUCACAAUACAAUUUAGUAGUUUUAGCCACCUCCCUAAAUGCAUUUUUCAAUUGAAAAAGUUUACAUACAGCUCAAAGUAAAACAGAUAAAAAUAAAAACCCAGUCUACUGCUCUAUCUUCCUUUCCAUUUAGUUUGAACCACCAUAGUUUAAAGGUGAAUUAAGACCCUCUGUAGUUUUAGCAAUCACCAGGUCUUUACCAGUUUCUAGGUCUUGUUCCUUUAUUAAUAAACAAGAUAUGGGAAGUAAAACUUUUAAAUAGGUCCUGUACAUUCAGAUAUCACAAUGCUAUUUACUGUCACAGAUAAUUCCUCUUAAUAUUUUUAUCUUCAUUUUUGAGUAGAUGUAGCACAUUUUACAGACUUUAACAAGCCCAUAUUCCACAUAAUUAUACAAUUUCACUACUUUUAGAACAUCACUUUGGACCAGAAAUAGUAUUUUGCACUGGUCAUAAAUGGUUAGAACUUCAAUGAAAUUUUAUAAUUUUUUUUGAAACAAGAAGAUUACAGCCAUACCAGGAAAGUGUGGAGGAGACUGGCAAUGAGGCUUAACACUUUUUUUUUAAUAAAUUAAUUUUUAUUGGUGUUCAAUUUGCCAACAUACAGAAUAACACCCAGUGCUCAUCCCGUCAAGUGUCCCCCUCAGUGAGGCUUAACACUUUUACCACAGAGUCCCUUCAAGGAUUUUUCUCCUGCUACCAGAUCUGUUCCUACAUAAGGUAUCGCAUGCUCUCCAACCACUGAUGAACUAUCAUUUAAUGACAUGAAAACUAAGCAAAAACUGUGGAAAAACACUACAUACUGCUGUAGUGGUGAUGCUCAGGUUUUAAGUAAAUGUAAUAUACCUUUCAAGACAAUGUUGAAAAGAAUCAUUUUGGGGGUAAAUGAAAAUGAAAGCUGAAGCAAAAGCGAUUUCCCUCAGCAUCCUUUACAACUUUAGAAUAUGAAAAGAUAGAGUUCACAUAAAAUUAUAUUUAUUGUAUUUAGAAACUUGAAAGCUCAAAGAAGUAAUGUCUCUCCCUAACCCACAUGCUAUCAAUUAUCUUGUGGGGAGAUACAUGGUCUCUCAGCCUUGACCAAUGGCAACAAAGUACCAGCCUGUGCCAUCUGUUUCCACUGGCACCAUGAAUAACAUCCUUCUCAUCACAAUUGAUGGCACUGUCCUUUAUGGACACAGGAAAAACUACAAAGUGAUGACAGGACUGCAGUGUGUCUAUGUGGUACCAGAUGAGCAGAUGUUACACCUGCUGUAUUACACAAAACUGUGCUCUUAAGUUUUAAAUUUCUGAGAUCUUGGAUAUGAUGUUUUAUUAUUCAUAAGCUAUUAAGAGUGGUGCACAUAGUGAACAACAGACUGGAAUUCCUUCCUACUUUUUCUAUUCAAAUCCUACCAGUCCUUUAAGAACCAUCCUUAAAACUUUCUCUAAUAGUCGAAUUUCUAAAAUGUCCAUUAUGGUAGACCCAAGCUACAUGUGGCUAUUUAAAUAAAAUAGAACAAAGUUCGGUUCCUUAGGUGCAUCAGGCACACUUCAAAUGCUCAAAACACCUUUAGUUAGUAGCUACCUUAUUGGGUAAAACAAAUUUUAGACCCUUUGCAUUAUCACAAAGUUUUAUUGGACAGUGGUCCUCUAGAAUACCCCCUUCCACUUAACUCCCAUACAACUAAUUUUCUUCUGUUCAUUUUGGUAACUUCUACCCAGUAGUAGCUCUUCCAAAAUGGCUGCUUUAAACGGAGUUAAUUUUCCAUAUUUGAUUUUGUUUUUCAAGUAAGUCCUUAAAGGUCCCCGGUAGUGAAGUGUUAAAUCUUUUUUUUUUUUUUUUUAUUUAUGAUAGAGAGAGAGAGAGAGAGAGAGAGAGAGAGAGAGAGAGAGAGAGAGAGGCAGAGACACAGGCAGAGGGAGAAGCAGGCUCCAUGCACCGGGAGCCUGAUGUGGGAUUCGAUCCUGGGUCUCCAAGAUCGCGCCCUGGGCCAAAGGCAGGCACCAAACCGCUGCGCCACCCAGGGAUCCCUGAAGUGUUAAAUCUUAAUUUUCUUCAUCUAUCAGAGUAUCUGUAACGGGCCCUUGUAUCUAUUCAGUGGUCAACAGCUAACUGUAUCAUUCAAAUAUGUUAUUUAUUUUUAACAUUAACAAUAACAGAAGCUUGCCUGUUUACAUUCAAAAUGCAUAAAUUGGCUUUCCUGAACAUCUUGGUUCUAGAUACUAAGGACAAUAUAAAUUCUUAUGUUUGGCAAGUAUCUUGAGAGAACAGUAUUACUUUUAACUGCAUUUUCCUAGGAACUUGCAUUCUUUGUAGUGAACGGCAUAUGGUCUCUGUUUAGAGCUUAAAAGUAACAAUGAAAAGACUUUCCUUAUUCCCUCUAAUUCACAUUUAAAGGAUAUCAGAAACUUAUACAAUACUGAAGUAUGAAAUAGUCAUGCUAAGGAACUACAAGAAUACUAUAAAGCUCAAGCCAUUGUGGAUCUGUCAUUAAGCAUUAAUAUAAAAAACUAUAAAUUGUACACAAAUGAAAUGUUUUCAAUUUAAAUAAAAAGUUUUGUGG